GGGCGUGAUCUGUUUUACGAGGGGCGUGGCCAGCGUCCGGGAGCUAUAAAAGCCGACGGAGCACACUAGGGGGCAGUUCUUGCGCGCAGAGGGCGUGGCUGGAGCUUCCCGCCUUUUGCCUCGGCUUUGUGCCCUGGGGAGGCUGUUUGUCUUUCUUAGGGGUGAUGGGCGGGGGCCCUCUAGGGCCGUGCCUGGCAGUGCCUGCGUGUGAGGGGCGCCUGGGCUGAGGGCUUUGCCUGAUUCCUCACCCCUUGUGGAGUUCCCACUUUCAGCCUCAGUGUGUGGGUGCCCUUUUUGCCCUGAGGAGGCUGGUUUUGUCCUUUAGGGGUGAUGGUGUUGGGAAGGGACUGCUCUAGUGUCAUGGCUGGUAGUGGCUAUGUGUGAGGGGUGCCUCGGCUAAGGGCUCUGCGUGGUUCCUCACACCCUUUGUGGGGUUUACACCUUCUGCCUCAGCAUAAGAAAGAGUAUCUACAAGAUGGCAACUGCUCAGAAGCAAAGGAAUUGUGUGAGUGCAGUUGUAUUUCCUAACAAAAUAUCUACUGAGCAGCAGUCCCUGAUGCUGGUAAAGCGACUCCUGGCAGUGGCAGUAUCGUGCAUUACAUAUCUGCGAGGAAUCUUUCCUGAAAGCGCCUACGGAACAAGAUACAUGGAUGAUGUCUGUGUCAAAAUUCUAAGGGAAGACAAGAACUGCCCUGGCUCUGCUCAGCUGGUGAAAUGGUGGAUGCUUAGAAGUAAGUGUGAUGCUCACCCCGUAUCUUCUUUCUACCCUAAAAUACAGGUCUAUACCCAUCCAGAAGAUCCUCAGACAAUUACAGAAUGUUACCACUUCAAGUUCAAGUACACCCACAAUGGGCCCCUCCUGGAUUUUGGCAGUAAGAAUAAAAGGAAUGAUUCUACAAUCACCUGUGCAGACACCAAGAAAGCCAGUAUGCUACUCAUUCGCAAGAUUUACGUUCUGAUGCAAAACCUUAGUCCGUUACCCAACGAUGUCUGCCUGACCAUGAAGCUGUUUUAUUACGAUGAAGUGACGCCAUCUGAUUAUCAGCCUCCUGGGUUUAAAGAGGGCGAUUGUGAGGGGGUGAUAUUCGAGGGGGAGCCGAUGUACCUGAACGUGGGUGAAGUGCCAACGCCUUUCCAUAUGUUGAAAGUUAAAGUUACAACUGAAAAGCAGCGGAUGGAAAAUGUUGAUAGAAGCAUCCUAAAACAUGGAGAGAGUAAUGUGCCUCUCCAGGUGCUCAACAUGGACAGAGAGGAUGCGGAAGAAAAUGAGGACAUGAAUGAAGAUCCAGUCUUGGCUAAUGAAGUGGAAGAUGGGAAUACUGUGACUAUUUCAGAAGCUCAAGAACCAAACUUAACUUGUGAUGAAGAUGAAGUGACGAAGGCUGGAGGGAGCCAGAAUCUGUGUGUUUCUAACCCUCAGGUCGAUCAUUUGGCAAGUAAGACGUCUGAACUUAACAUGUCAGAGAGCAGGACAAGAAGCGGAAAGAUAUUUCAAACCAGCACUGUUCAUCAGUUUGAGCUCUCGUCAAGCCAGGAUGUGCUGCCAAAAAGGAGGAAGAUGAGUGAGCCGACAGAGCAGUUUUAGCUCUGCGGCUGUACAGAGUUCUCUGCACUGCUUCCCUGUUGUUGUUUAAUGUGAGUGUUCACAUUUAAAUCCCUUUUAAGGAUCUCUUCUGUUCUGUUUGUAGUCAAAAUCUAUUUUAAAGAAAGGAAACCUGUUGAAGCCCAGCGGCAGAGAUCAGAGACUGUUUUUCCUAGGAGGCCGUGCACAGCGGGAGAGACGGACAGUGCCUGGCUGCUGGCAUAACUGGGAGAGGGGCGAUUUGGGGGCUUGACUCCUGCUCCUGGGGUGUUAUCCUGAUGUUGACUGUUUGCUCAUCACCCCACAUGGUUUCCCCAGCAGCUUUGGGCUGUACAUCAAAGCCGAGGGGCUCCCAUCUGGACCUUCCCAAGCUUUCGGGAGCAGCUGGGGGUGUCUCCUUCUCCUGGGGAGUUGGCAGGGCUGGAUUCCCUGCGUUCCUUCCAGACUGAAGGCACCAGCGCCAAGUGAAAGCUGAGCAUCUGCCAUUCCUCCAGGGACGGAUUUCAUGCCAAAAUCCUGGAGUUUCCUGUACAGCUGUGGUGACAGACAGGUGCGAUCACAGUUCUGAUCCACAGCAGUGGCUGUUGGAGCCAUGUGGAAUUGUUUGGGGAAACCCUUUUCUGGUUGCACAAGUCAGACGUGGUGCUGUUUGUUUUGCUAAUGAAACUGUUAAUUUUUCCUGUGCUGUCCAAGAAUUGACGGUAGUGGUUCCUGGGCCGGAGAGCUGCCACCAGCAGCACCUUGGACUUUCAUGUUAAGAGCCUCUCCUAAUUGUUCUGCAAUUAA